GGUGCGUUCAAGAUUCAGGUUCACCUGUAACCCACUGCCAUGGCCGAGGAAGGCAUUGCUGCUGGAGGUGUAAUGGUGGUUAAUACUGCUUUACAAGAGGUGCUGAAGACCGCCCUCAUCCACGAUGGCCUAGCACGUGGAAUUCGCGAAGCUGCCAAAGUCUUAGACAAGCGCCAAGCCCAUCUUUGUGUGCUUGCAUCCAACUGUGAUGAGCCUAUGUAUGUCAAGUUGGUGGAGGCCCUUUGUGCUGAACACCAAAUCAACCUAAUUAAGGUUGAUGACAACAAGAAACUAGGAGAAUGGGUAGGCCUCUGUAAAACUGACAGAGAGGGGAAACCCCGUAAAGUGGUUGGUUACAGUUGUGUAGUAGUUAAGGACUAUGGCAAGGAGUCUCAGGCCAAGGAUGUCAUCGAAGAGUAUUUCAAAUGCAAGAAAUGAAGAAAUAAAUCUUUGGCUCACAAAAAAAAGAAAAAAAAAGAAA